AUGGAGAUUACGGUUCUCCUCCUAGAUGAGCUGAACACCAACCUUGAGCUCUUAGGUCUGUUUACUUUCUCUUCUCCAUUUAUGGUUAGUGUUGCCAAAUCCUUUGAUGCUCCGAUAAAGCUUUUGUUCCCUACAGGAGAUGCUCUAAGACCCUAUUCUAUGCUUGGGAUUGGUGUUUUUGUUGCACUCGCUCUAAGAUUUGAUGUGUCAAAACGUAGUCAGCCAAAAUACUUCACAAGUGCAUUUGUGGGAUACUUGUUGGAGUUCUCCUCACAAUUGUAG